GUAUUUUGUAAAAUAAGCAUAGACUGUAGAGGAAAUUUGAAAAUAUAAUCUCAAACGCGUAAACAAAAUCAAAAUGGACCGUUACAUGUGGAAUACGGAGUUUACGAUGAUUUGAGUUUAUAUUAUGCGUAAAAAGUUAUCUGAUUGUGUGUAUUAACUGCGUUCAAACCAUAGAAAUUGAAAAAAUCGUGUGCUAAUGUUAUUCAUGACCCGGAACACGUAAAGCUAUUCAAAAUGACUGAUAGUGAUAGCGACGCUUCAAAUAGCGUUUUCACUUUUCAGAAUGUGAACACGACUGUAAGCGCUAAAGGACCGAAUACAAACAUAACGAACUUGAGUUUUCGUAAUCAAUUGACGUCAACAAUGUGUAUGCCGCGAAACUUUGAGCGGCAAAGAUAUGCGGAGUCAGUCUGUGACCAAAGGAGUAUGUACUACAGACGAGAGACCUCGCCGAUGUCGAUACACAGUGCAUGUGAUAUACGACCGAGGAACUUCCAGCAAUAUUAUGGCGGGAUGGGCUCACAACAGUCAGCGUUCAAUGGUAGAAGUGGGUCACCCAUGUCUGUCAGAAGUAUUGAUUCCACUGCAAGUGUCAGUGCUGCAGAUAUUGCAUUUGCUUUCAAAAAUGUCAAGUUCAAUAAAUAUGAUUUAAAAGUAAUUAAAGAUGCCUAUCACAGACUUAUGAAACAAAGGGUGCGAAAGAGAAUUGAAAAAAGAAGAAAUAUGAGAUUGUUUUUGAAAGGAAAUAGAAGAAGGUCAGGUUAUGACUCAGGAGAACAAGGCAGUAACUCCUCUAUAAGCAGCGAUGACUGUGGGUCUAUAAAGACUUACAAAGAAAACAUGUCUACUACAAGAUCAACAGGAAUGUUGACAGAGUUCAGAAAACCUGCUGCAGAUAAUAUGUUCAAGGACUUUUCAACAAAUGUCAGACAGAACAAUUUCAAAAAUAUGUUUUCAGUUGGCUCCACCAGUAACACUAACACACAAAAUUAUAGUACCAGUGGAAAGUCAAAACAAAAUAAUCAUAUGCCCACUCAAAAGGAGAGAUUUAAAAAUGGUUUCUUAUUACCUUCACAGAGAUUUAACAGAUCUGUUGCUUCUACAGCUAUUCCUGAAACAUCUGAGAAGCCACAAAGAAGUACAGACGAAAAUGUUAAAAAUCAUUUUGCUCAAAAUAAACAAAAAAAUAAAAAUGUCACCAGUGGUAGUGAAGAUGAACAAAUAUUUUCUGAAACUGUCAGAGAAAGCAGCACUUAUAACUAUGAACCUCUAGGUAAAAGGACUCUUGACAGUGAUGAUGAGUCAAAUCUUCCUGAUAAGAAGAAGAGUAAAUUGUCAUCCCCCAGAAAUGCACAAAGGAACAACAUAGUUUUAGCAAAACCAAAGAAUGCAAAUCCACUCCCAAAUACCUCAAACUUUGAAUUUGCUGUACCAUCUUUGCCUGUAAGAAAGUCGAGGCCAAAAGUACAAGAACAGCUUAUUGCUAAAUCAGCACAACCACUCACUGGUUUCUUAGAGCCUGUUGUAAAUAAAGUUCAAGAUAGUACAGAAAUACCUCAUCCAUACAACAUAGAAGAAAAAUCAAGUAACCAUCAGUCAGAACUGUCAGAAACUACCCAAAACAGUGAUGUAUCCAUGCGCCCAAGCUUUAUAAAAAGGAAACUUUUUACUCAAAAGCUAGAUGUUGCAGAGAAAGCUAAUCUAAGUGAUGGGACAAGCAGUCCACAUUCUAAUGUGUACACAUUACAGAAAGAAAAGAACAAAGCUAGAAAAUUGGUCACAAACCAAUCAUGUCUGAACAGAGAUGUGCAAGAUGACAAUAACCUGUUAGACUUGAUCCACAAAAUAGUACCAGCAGAGCGCAUGAAUAUUACAAACCAAUCAACAAUCAGUCAAAACAAAACUGAUGUUAAAAAUAAAAACAAAAAAGAUAAUGAUGACAAAUGGGAUGUCACCUCUGUUAUUUCAAUGUGCAAUGAAGAUGAUGUUAGUGACACUUAUACUGAUGAAGAAAUAUUUGAACAAGAUGUUACUAAGAUUUCUAAGAAUAAUAAAGAUAAAGAGCAUGAGAAAAAUAACCAUGCAAAUAUGAAACCUAGUGAGCCAAAAGUGCCAUACACUAAUCAACUACCUCGAGAUUGUAAGAUCGUCCUGCAAAAAUUAGAAAAUAAUAAUAGUAUACAGAAUAUAAUUAAAAAUAAUAACUUUAACUUGACACAUAAUAAUGUGACGAAAAGCAAUGUGAAAAGCUCGGUAAAAUCAUUCUGGGACACAGAUUUUGAAAGUGAUGCGGAAUGCCACUCUUCCGCGCCGCGCAGAGUUGUAUUAGAUAAUCUGAAAAAAGUGAACUCUACAUUAGAACCUACCAAGCAGGACUCAAAUAAAUCGGCUGGAUACGACAAAAACCAUGUCUCAAAAAUGUCAUUACCCACUGCAGAGGAUUCCAAUAAGUUGAACAAUACAACUAUGAAUAAUACCCUUGACAGUACACGCAAAUUUAAUGCUAGCACUCUUAGUAUUAGGUCGCACCGAAUUACUACCAAAAAGAAGUGUUGUAACGAAACAUGUGUUGGUGAUGCUACAAUAAAUCGUGAUAGUAAAAAAAAGGUAGCGGAACAGAAAGCAGUUAAAUCUGAUGAGCCUAAAAAAAUAUCUGUUGUAAAGCAAGCAAAAACCGUUAAAAAAGUACCAGAAAAAUCGAAAUCAAAACCAGAUUCACAAAAUGAACCUAAACAACGAUCUACAUCAAACGCGAGAAACAAGAAUAUCAACGAAAUAAAAUCUCAAACAGCUAAACAAAUUGAAUCUCCGAAAAAUAUCGAUAAGCCUAGAUCUAAAACUGCCAAGCCAAAUGAAAAAGCAAAUGAGAGCGUGAACAAAACAAUGAAAUCUAAACCAGAAAAACAAAAGAAACUGCCUGUAACUAAAAGCAAAGAAGACGCGCAAACUGCAAAACGUAAUUUGAAAUCUCAUGCAGGCAAAGAAAAUAAAAAAGAUACUCCCACAAAAAAAUCAAUAGCAAAGAAAGUCGAUAAAAACGGUAGUAUGGUAUCUAACCAGAAAGCUGUAUCAAAAACCAAAUCUAAACUAAACAAUACUAUGGAACCUGCAAAACAACUCAACAUAAGCAAUCGUCCGAUUAGGUCUUGCAGAGCAUCAAGCCAAAAUAGAUCCCAAGAUAUAUCUUCUAUGAGUCUAAACACUUCUGAUGUACACAAAAGUCUUCGUUCAAGGAUCAUUAACCUAUCAUCGUCUAUUGAAAAUAUCACUAUUAAAAUCAAGCCUUCCGCCAAAAAAGUUAACCAAAGCAUUUCCCAAAUAAAAACGCGGAAAAGUAAUAUAUCAUUCUCUUUAGCGGACAAAAUGACACCAACGCCGAAAAAGAACUUGCCACGGAAUAGAGCGGACUUUUUCAAAGGCAAGAGAAAAGCUUGAUUUUUUUUUCUUUCCUUAGUUACUUAUGUUUGUUCAUAUUCAGUUUUAAACGCGCACUAUCAUUAUAUCAUUUCUCUUGCUUCUUAUUUAAAACCUGAAAUACAAUGUAAAUAUUUUUAAUGAAUGUGUCUGUAAAUAUAACUUAAAAUACU